AUGCUUCCAGGAGCGAGCCUGGACAACAAAUACGGCACAGCAACUCGGUUUAUGAUUGCAUCACGCGGUAAAUGCACAUAUUACAGGACUUUCCGAGGCAUGGCUGAAUCAAAAAGGGGCUUUUCGGUGUCAGAUAUUGCAGGGCCAUUUGGAGAGGCUAUCACGGUUAACUGUCGGCUUGGCCAACAACACCUUGGUCCUAGUCAACCGCGCUCAUCAUUGUGGACAGUACAGUACAGUACAAGUGCGUUCCCUCGGCCGAUGGCUGGACUGGACUGGACUGCGUUGCGUUGCGUGCGGGCUGAAGUCGAACUGACCGGCUACUGGGGUGGGAUGAAUGACGAUGCAAUUGCGGCGUCCCGAGAUGCAGAAAAACGCCUGCAUGUAACCUUUGGAGACAAUUCAUCCAUGGAAUACGCAGUGCAGUGCAGGGCAGGGCAGAGCAGAACGGAACAGAACAGUGCGGUAGAGCAGAAUGUAGGUGGAAGCUCAAGGGAGAAAGGACCCUUGAACGGCGUCUCGGGCUGUUUCUGA